UUAGAUCGACCACUUAACUAUCCCCGCCUCGCUUGUCUUCGUUUGUUUUAGUUUGGAUUCACUUCGCCCUCCUUCACCAUGGACGAAAAUCUCUCCACUGUUCUUCAUUCUAAGGGCGAUCUGAGGAUGGAAUGUCGGCCCAUCCCAGAGCCAGGCAUUGGAGAAGUUCAAUUAUCUAUGCAGGAUGUAGGCAUUUGCGGAUCUGAUGUCCAUUACUGGACUCAUGGUUGUAUUGGCGACUUCAUCCUCACUUCUCCAAUGGUCUUAGGUCAUGAAGCCAGUGGAGUGGUCACUAAGCUGGGCGAGGGCGUAACUAGUUUAUCAGUUGGUGACCGUGUAGCCGUGGAACCUGGUGUACCAUGCCGAUUAUGCAACUACUGUAAAGAGGGGCAUUACAACCUUUGUCGAAAGAUGCGGUUCUGUGCGACCCCCCCUGUUCAUGGUACCCUUGCCAGGUUCUAUUGUCAUGCUGCAGAUUUUUGUUACAAGCUACCUGACAAUGUAAGUACAGAAGACGGAGCCCUACUGGAGCCACUUUCUGUUGGAGUCCAUGCUUGUCGAAGGGCUGGAGUUAGCAUCAAUUCAACUGUUUUAAUUUCUGGAGCAGGUCCCAUUGGACUUUGUUGUUUUCUCACUGCAAAAGCAAUGGGAGCAGCUAAAGUGUGCAUGACAGAUGUUGACAGCCAGCGCCUGGAAUUUGCCAAAAAGAUAGGGGCUGACCAUGUUCUCUCUGUGAGAGCAGGUACUUCCAAAGAACUUGCUUCUCAGAUUGAAAACCUCUUGGGGAAAAGUCCUGAUAUUUCACUUGAAUGCAGUGGGAACCCUGCUGGUUUAAAAACAUCUAUUUUGGCAACAGCCAGUGGCGGAUGUGUUGUGAUGGUUGGCAUGCAACCUGAUGAAGUUACAGUUCCAUUGUUGAAUGCUGCAGUCCGCGAAGUAGACAUAAGGGGGAUUUUCAGAUAUGCAAACUGUUACCCAAUUGCCUUGUCAAUGAUAGCUUCUGGCCAGGUGAAUGUCAAACCUUUAAUUACACAUAGAUACAAAUUGGAAGAGAGUCAGAAAGCUUUUGAACAUGCUCGCACCAUGAAAGAUGGUGCAGUGAAGAUUAUGAUUAAAUGUGGUUAGGGACAGUUCUUUUACUGAUUUAUUUUUGUUUGGGGUUGUGUAUUUUUUAGCCCCUUUAAUUUUAUAAAAUCAAUUAUUAUUUCUCCAUCUUUUUAACCAACAAACUCGAAAGAAUUUCCACUGAAUAAAUUUUAAACCAAU